UCUGUUUGGGCACGGGACCUGGGCCGAGGACCCUCCAGGCGCUAGGCCGUUCCUGGCGUUCCCGAUGGAACCACCGAAACGGGCCAAAGUCUGUUUGCCUGGUUUGUCUUCGGUCGGGGUCUGCAGCUCCUUGGAUUCCAUUCCUCUUCCUUCUCUCCCCUCUUUCCUCCCCCGCACACCCCGGGCAUCGGACAGCAGGUCGAUUGCUGGCCAACAAAACCACCAUGCCAUCAUCAGUUAAUUCAAAUUCUUACUGCAUGAAUCCUCUGCCGAUCCGUCUUGGUUCGGCCUGGUCUCUCCGGUCUGGGACAAGUCUCGGGGCGCUAGUGUCGCCCGCAUGCUCUGGUUUCCCCGGAUCCCUCCACGGCUCCCGUUCUUGUCCCGGCUAUCCUCCUUGAAUUGGCCGUCCUCCUACGUCGCUUUCGGCCAUCCCGGCAUGGGGUAUCACCCUGUCAUUCCGGUCCCGUUUCCAAUCCCUGACUGGUCUCGCGCGACUCACAGCGAGUCAACUUCUCUCUGGCCUGAUCCACCUCCAAUCUGAGAUUCCAAGGUCUCGUGGUGUCCAAACCAUGUGUUGUUUCUCCCCCGCGGGUUUCCCCAUAACCCACUCCAGGCCGGCUUCUGAUUCGGGCAGCCGGGAAAAUGGGGACCGGAAAGGAGAGGCCAAAGAAAAAAAAAGUAAAAAAGAAAGGCGAAAAAUCUCUCAUGGCAUGUUACCAACGUCUGCAUGAGUGGAUCAUCUUUGGAGUGUUUGCAUGCCAUGAUUGGACCCCAAUCCUUAUUGUCUAACCCUAUGCGCUCCAGUCAAGUCUACCUGGUGAAACUAAUCUCGUCUGUCAUGGGGCCCCAUUCCCAAUCUCCGUUAUGAUUCGGUUCGGUACACGCCGUAGCAGCCUCCGUUUAGGUUUUUACUCCCACCUCCCCCCCGUUUUGGACCGGAUCAAGUCGUCGCGCCAAAAUGUUUCUAGCACCGAUGGUGACGCUGUACCCCGUAGUCAUUGUCCUGACUUCCUCCGUACUCCGUAUGUACUAAUUAAAGGAAAAUUUGCCCCCCCGUCUGUCGGGUAUAUUAACACCGGGGCCGCAUCGUCCAAAUGUUUUAAAAUCUCUUCCCUCCCCUCGUGCUUCCCCGUUCUCCUGGUUUCGUUGUCCACUUUGCCCAGGAAAGCCUCUACUUUUACUGCUGGAAGUGGAGUCGGCAUCCCUCUGUCACCAUGAUUAUUGGUAACCUUUACGCUAUUGCGGCCAUCGCCGUUAUCGGUGGUGGCCUGUUCGGUUUCGAUAUCUCGUCGAUGUCCGCCAUCAUCACCAGCGAGUCCUACCUCCGUUACUUCCACCAAGGGCCAUUGGAAUACAAUGACGAUGGUAGCCCCAAGUGGAAGGGUCCCAGUGCCGAUGUCCAGGGUGGUAUCACUGCCUCCAUGGCCGCCGGUUCCUGGCUGGGUGCUCUGGUGUCAGGUUUUGUCUCCGAUAUCUUUGGUCGAAAGCGUGCUAUUAUGGUCGGCGCGGUGAUUUGGUGUAUCGGUUCUAUCCUUGUCUGUGCCGCUCAGAAUAUUCCCAUGUUGAUUGUCGGUCGUAUCAUCAACGGUUUCUCUGUUGGUAUCUGCUCGGCUCAGGUUCCUGUCUACAUUACUGAACUGGCCCCUCCUACCAAGCGUGGUCGUCUGGUCGGUAUGCAACAAUGGGCUAUUACCUGGGGUAUCAUGAUUAUGUUCUAUAUCUCGUACGGAUGCACCUACAUCAAAGGAACUGCCUCUUUCCGAAUUCCCUGGGGUCUUCAGAUGAUCCCUGCCAUUCUGCUUUUCCUCGGAAUGAUUGUUCUGCCCGAGUCGCCCCGUUGGUUGGCCCGCAAGGACCGCUGGGAAGAGUGCCACGCCGUCCUGACCCUUGUCCACGGCAAGGGCGACCCCAACGCCUCCUUCGUACAACUCGAGUACGAGGAGAUCAAGAGCAUGUGCGAGUUCGAGCGCCGCAACGCCGACGUCAGCUACCUGGAGCUUUUCAAACCCACAAUGAUUAACCGUACCCACGUCGGUAUCUUCACGCAGAUCUGGUCCCAGAUGACCGGUAUGAACGUCAUGAUGUACUACAUCACGUACGUCUUCGCCAUGGCCGGCCUCGAGGGCAAUAACCUCCUCGUCUCCUCCAGUAUUCAGUACGUCAUCAACGUUGUCAUGACCGUUCCCGCCCUCAUCUGGGGUGACCGCUGGGGUCGCCGCAACACCUUCAUGCUCGGAUCCACCUUCAUGUUGAUCUGGAUGUACGCAAACGCCGGUCUCAUGGCCUCGUAUGGCCACGCCGCUCCCCCUGGUGGUCUCGACGGUAUCGAAGCCCAGUCGUGGAUUAUCCGUGGCGCCCCCAGUAAGGCCGUCAUUGCUUGUACCUACCUGUUCGUCGCCAGUUACGCCAUCUCCUGGGGUCCCGCCUCGUGGGCCUACCCGCCUGAGCUGUUCCCCCUGCGCGUCCGUUCCAAGGCCAACUCGCUCUGCACUUCCUCCAACUGGGCCUUCAACUUUGCUCUCAGCUACUUCGUGCCGCCUGCAUUCGUCAACAUCCAGUGGAAGGUCUACGUUCUCUUCGGUGUCUUCUGUACCGCUAUGACCCUUCACGUCUUCUUCAUGUUCCCUGAAACCUCUGGUAAGACCCUUGAAGAUGUCGAGGCUAUCUUCACCGAUCCCACCGGCAUUCCUUACAUCGGUAAGCCCGCGUGGAAGACCAGGAACGAGUUCUCGCGCGGCGCUGUCAUCGAGCAGGUUGGUGAUGAUGAGAAGCGUGCCGGUAGCGUGGCCGUGCAUGCCGAGACUGCUGAGAAGGUUUGAAUGAAUGCGACGCAAUGAGAAGGAUGAUGUUGUGGUUGUGGAUAUGGAAUACAUAGUACAUACUCCGUGGGUCGGGAAACUUGAUCACACGUGUGACAUAAUCUUAUUAUUACGAGACGAGAUGAGAUGAGACGAAAUGAUGUCGCAUGACAUGACUUCGGUUUGGACGAUUGAUUGACUGACUGGGUGGCUCUGUGGAUGAUUGUAAUAAGUCGAAAUGGCAAGCUUUACAUAAUAUGAACAUCUCUUCUUUGGCAA